AUGGCACUGGCAAAGAUUUAUAUUCACCAGAAGCUGAAAGCUCCCCAGCACCAUCAUUUGUGGAUCCACCGGUAACAGGUUUAGUACCGGGUGCCGGCACUAAGCCCACAUCGCGCACAAGUAGUUUUGAAAUAGAGAAUUUAUUGAAAACUGCGGAACAGGUUACCGGAUUUUGUCGUUCACCUCAGGAAACCCGCAAAGCGAGUCCCACAGGAUCUGUGACAUCAUCGGUUUCAAAUGCAGCCCUAACACCGUCACGCCAAUUAACGGAUGCCGAAAAAUUACGCAAAGUCAUAUUGGAAUUGGUCGAUACGGAAAAAACCUAUGUUAAGCAUUUAAAUAAUCUACUUGAAAACUAUUUGGAGCCACUGAAACGUGAAACUUUCCUAUCGAAUGCUGAAAUCAAUGCUCUCUUUGGUAAUAUCCAUGAAAUUGUCACAUUCCAGAGGCAAUUCUUACAAAAUCUGGUCGAGGCCUUAGAGCUGGAACCUGAUUUCCAUAAAUUUGAUCAUCCUAGUCAAUAUCGAAAUGUCCUCUUUGCCAUCGGUUCCGCAUUCCUUUACUAUGUAAAUCAUUUCAAGCUCUAUUCAUCGUUUUGUGCCAGCCACAGUAAGGCCCAAAAAGUUUUGCAUCCAAAUGAAGGAAAUCAUGCAUUGCAAGAGUUCCUAAAUGCUCGCAAUCCCAAACAGCAGCACAGCUGUACCCUGGAAUCGUAUCUGAUUAAGCCCAUACAACGUAUCCUAAAGUAUCCCCUGCUAUUGCAACAAUUGCGUAAUUUAACCGAUUCCCGGGCCGAUGAACAUUUACACUUGUGUGAGGCCCUCAAGGGCAUGGAAAAGGUAGCCGAACACAUCAACGAAAUGCAAAGAAUCCACGAAGAAUAUGGUGCCAUAUUUGAUCAUUUGUUCCGUCAACAUCAAAAGGCCUGCAAACAGCCCAUUGACUUGAGUCCAGGUGAUCUUUUGUAUUACGGCGGUGUGGAAUGGUUGAAUAUUUCCGAUUUUCUGGGCAAAAUCAAAAAAGGUUUGGAGCUACAUGCCAUGUGCUUCGUAUUUAAAUCAGCGGUUGUGUUCCUUUGUAAAGAGCGUCUAAGACAGAAAAAGAAAUUAAUGGGUGGCUCGAGUAAAAGCACUCCCAACGAAGUGGAAAUCAUACGUUAUCAAGUCUUAAUACCCGUUACUGAAGUCCAGGUGCGCGCCUCAUCGGCCAAGGAUAUGGAUUCACAUUUCCUUUGGGAAUUGAUACAUUUGCGUUCCCAGCUGCAACGACGUUCCGAAAAGGUCUAUGUGCUUUCGAAUAGCACUGCAGAUUUCCGUAAUGCAUUCCUAAAGACCAUACGCCAGAUAAUACGUGAAAGCGUACGCAAUAUGUCGAUUCCUAUGAAGAAUUUCGGUGGUAGUUCGGGUUCGGUGUCGGGUAUGUCAUCACAGGGUGGUUGCUCCGGAAGUUCACAGACCUUGGAAAGGCCCAAGCAGCAG